UGCCUUUCCCUCGCAUUGCACUUUUUGUCUGAAAUUUUUCUGAAUGUCUAUGACCUCUUGGCAAAAGUAUUAAAAUACAACCACGCAUUAUACACCUCUAGUUACCAAGUGAACAUGAUCGUUGUGGAGCAUUACGCGAAGUACGAAGAAACUUAUAGCGUAUAAUUUGACGUAUCGUAAAGUGUACGAUAAAGUACCGUAUACAGCACAAUAGCCCCCUCUAGCGUAAAUGUUACUUCUUGUGGCUCAUUCUUACGUUUCUGAAGUUUUGGAACAAACGGCGGACAAUUGUUAUCAAUUAGAGGGGUAGCAUUUGUAAUAGUUAAUGCAUUCUUCGGCGAAGCAGCAGGUUGAUGUACGCGCAUCACAGACAUGCGUGGUGGUUGUCUUUUUUCGCAAUAGUAGUAAGUGGAAUGAGUGUGUCUUCGCAUUAGUCUUCAGCAUGGACGUUUCCAAACAUUCAGGAUAUAAAGAUUUUACGUGGGCGGUUGAAUUAAAUCGUUUGGGCUUAGAACUGAUUGGAUUAUGGCCCAAGAACAAUGACGUACCUAGGAAUAAGUUCGCUUCCGAUCUUCGCAUUGUUAUUAUUUUCGUUAUAGUGACAUUUGUUUCUGGUAUACCUCUCGCAUGUUCCCUUAUACGAGUUUGGGGAGACAUGAUACUUAUGGUAGACAAUAUUCAAAUUACUUUACCUUUACUGGUUGUCUCGUUGAAACUUGUUAUUAUGCGGUGGAAACAAACAGCAAUGUUAUCCAUCAUAAAAAUGAUGGCAGAAGAUUGGAUGGAAUUGAGGACAGUAAAGGAGAGGGAUGUAAUGAUAGGACGAGCACAAAUUGCUAGAAAAAUUGUCAUCGGCGGAUACGUCCUAAUGGUCUUGGCGUUCAUUAUGGUCAUCAUUCUUCCAUACUUUGGUUUAUCAUUAAGACAUGUGACAAACCUCACGGAUCUGGGCAGGCCACUGCCGCUGCAAACUUAUUACUUUUACGACACACAUAACAGUCCGCAAUUUGAACUAACAUAUCUCAUUCAAGCUAUUACAAUCUUUUUGGCUGCUGUAACUUAUACUUCGGUAGACGCUUUUCUUGGACUUGUGAUUCUUCAUCUCAGUGGUCAACUGGAAAAUUUCAAAGAUCGUGUAGCUAAUUUAGCCUCGUACCAAAAUUUCAUCUAUACUUUGAGUAACAACGUAAUGAGUCAUAUGCGACUUAUCAGGUUUACCAAUAUUAUUGAAAACAUCUUCACGUUAAUGAUGUUGGGCUUAAUACUUUAUUUUAGCAUUCUAUUUUGUCUACAUGGAUUCUUAUUACUUACAGUGAUUACUGAAGAAAGUGAUUUUUCUUUCGCACGGUUAUGUUAUCCACUAAUUAGUAUUUCCAUUUUGCUUUCGCAUGCUUUUCUUCAUUGCGGUGCGGGAGAGAUUGUAACAAUGCAAUGUGGAAAAGUAUAUCGUGCUAUGUGUGAUCUUGAAUGGUAUAAACUGGAACCGAAAAAAGCUAGACUCCUUAUUUUAUUAACGAUGCGAACUAGCCAACCUCUUCGCAUCACUGCAGGAAAAAUACUUCCACUUACGAUGAUUACAUUCUGCAGUAUGUUGAAAACAUCAGCUGGCUAUAUAUCAUUUCUAUUGGCAAAUCGAAAAUGAAGAAGUUUCAGUAUAUCACGCUAGUACAAUUACAUCAUACAAGGAUAAGUAUAGUAAUUUCCAAAAGAACAAGUUAUAUUAAGUAACAAAGUUAUAUUAAUUAUAGAAAUAAAAUAUUUACAUAUAAUACAAAAUGUUUCAUAUUUUAUACAUUUUAAAUUAAUAUUUAUUUCAAUUUAUAGUGAUUAAAUACUUUUCUAAUAAA